AUGAAGAAGUUCCAACUCACCAGGCAAAACUACUUAAAAGCCAUAGAAUUUCUCACUAAUAAGUACGGUAAUCCUGAAGAACUCAUUCGCCAGCUCCUCAGAAAGAUGGACAAAAUCUCCCUUCACUCGUCGUCCAUACACGAGCAACGCAGACUAUUGGAAGACAUAGAAGCCAUCAUAGGCCAAUUAGUGCAAAAAGUCGGGAUCCAACGUAAAGUUAUUCACAAAAAGAUCACUUCUCCCGACGAACCCUUCACCAUGCAGCAGCUUCUAAAAUAUUUUGAAGUGGUUAUAACCAGCGAGGAACAGUGCAACGGGUCGUCAUGUCGUAAAUGCCAGAAACGUCACCACACAUCAUGUUGUCUCUUUCCGACACCAAACGAGAAAGCGUUCGCGCCACCUACGAAGAAUGCGAACGCCAAAAACGAGGCCAACGCCAGUAAACACAAAGAGAAAGAGCUUAAAAAACCGACUUCUACGUCCAAAAUAAACCACGUCGGACAAGAGACACCGGCCAAAGACAAAAGUUUCACGAAAUCUAGCACAAAACUGCAGUUAACUUUCCUACCCACAGGGGAAUUGACUAUAAUGAACCCAACCACAAAACAAUUAGAGAACGUUUCCGUCUUACUGGACACGGGAGCUGAGUUAUCCUUUAUCGACGAAAAUCUUGCACAAAAGCUAGGUCUACCGACGAUAGAAGAAAUUAACCUGCGGUUGAACACAUUCGGCUCAUGCAAUGUACAAGAACGCGUUUCACGAAAGGUCCCAUUACAGGUAUAG